AUGAUUCUCUUACUUUAUGUGGAUGAUAUAAUACUUACUGGUAGUUCAGAUGAUCUUAUGAGUACUUUUAUUCAAAAAUUAAGUGCUGAAUUUGCAAUGAAGCAGUUGGGUGGCUUGAAUUAUUUUUUGGGAAUAGAGGAUGCUAGAACUGAUGAUUCUAUACUUUCAACACAGAAAAAGUAUAUCCUAGAGUUAUUAACGAAAGCUAAUAUGCUUCAUUGUAAGCCUUGUAAUACACCUGUAGUAAAGGAAUUCAGAGCCUCUAUUCAUGAUGGAAUCUUAUUGGAUAAUCCAUCAGAAUACAAAACUAUAGUUGGUAGCUUAAAAUAUCUAACUCUUACAAGACCUGACAUAGCUUAUGGUGUCAAUUGUGUAUCUCAGUUCAUGCAUGCUCAUACAGACAUUCAUCUGCUUUUAGUUAAAAGGAUUUUGAGGUAUUUAAAAGGAUCACUUGGUUUAGGACUUGUUUUAAGAAAAGGGGAUACAAGUGCAAUUACAACUUUUACUGACUCUGAUUGGGCUGGAUGCCCUGAUACAAGAAGGUCUACUUCAGGUUAUGCAGUUUUUAUGGGAAAUUCAUUAAUAUCAUGGUCAAGCAAAAAGCAACCUACAGUGUCAAGAUCAUCUGCAGAGGCAGAAUAUGAGUCUUUGUCAGUUGUGGCUUCUGAGUUAGAAUGGUUAUCAAAUCUGUUUAAAGAACUACAUAUUUCAGUUACUUAUCCAACAACUGUAAAUUGUGACAAAACUUCUGCUAUUUGCCUAGCAUUUAAUCCAGUGUUUCAUGCCAGGGAAAAACACAUAGAAGUCCAAUAUCAUGUGGUAAGGGAUUUGGUGUUGUCUGGAUUCUUGAAAGUUCAGCAUGUUGCUUCAGAAAGUCAGCUUUCAAAUUUAUUCACAAAGGGGCUCUGUUUUCCUGCAUUCUCUACUUUGUUACAACAACUGUUGGGCAUUUCACCUUCACAAUUUUCUACUGUUGAUGAUGAUGCCGCUGCAGAGGUUGUUCCACCAGUUACUGAAGAUGGUGUUCACUUUACAGGCUUUGCUUCUCAGUCUUCUACUGUAUCUUAA